AUGGCGUACAAUCGGACCUUCAACCCGGAUUCACUCCCGGCAUUCGCAGAGCCAGAGAGGAAACAUGUCAACACUACUACUUCUUCAUCAGUACCAGCACCAGCGCAAGCCCCAAACCCCGCGCAGCAAGCUAUACAUCAGCAACAAUACUCAAAACCAGCGCCUCCACUUCCAGCAGAACAACUCGGCGGACGACGCCCUUCACCACAAAUGCAACCACCUGCAAACUACGGAUAUGGCUCACCACCACCACAAAAUUACGGCUUCAGCUCCCCUCCACCAGGCAGCCAAGGCUCCAGACCACACAGCGGCAGCUUAAGCAGACCACAACCAAUGUCAAGACCACCCCAAUCUCCAGCUCCUUCAUCUGGCGCAGAUCCUGCACUCUGGCCACUAUUCAAGGCUGUUGAUAAAGAUGGCAGUGGACACCUGACCGAGAAAGAGCUCCGCGCGGCUCUUGUCAAUGGCGACUGGUCAUCAUUCGAUCCUUACACCGUCAAAAUGAUGAUACGAAUGUUCGAUACCGACCGCUCUGGCACAAUUGGCUUUCAGGAAUUCUGCGGGCUGUGGGGAUUCUUGGCAGCCUGGCGCUCCCUCUUCGAUCGUUUCGAUGCCGACAAGAGUGGUAACAUCAGCCUCGAUGAAUAUACAAACGCAUUAGUGGCAUUUGGCUACAGACUCAGCCCCCAUUUCGUGGAUACUCUCUUCAGAACAUAUGACAAGCGGGGUGAAGGAGCAAUCAGUUUCGACCUCUUCGUUCAAAGCUGCAUCAGCUUGAAGAGGAUGACGGAUGUGUUUAAGAAAUAUGAUGAUGACAGAGACGGCUACAUAACUCUGUCCUUUGAGGACUUUUUGACCGAGAUAAUAAGGCAAAAAUAG